GGUGGGUGACUUCCACAGGAAAAGUUCAGGACGAGCAUCUAAAGAAGAUCAACAUUUCCUUUACAUGUGGGAGUCCAGAUGACCUUAGUAUUCUUGACCUUUUACAGCAUGCCCUGUGAACAUUUUUGCUUAAGUUUCUCCUCGUGAAAAGACACCGAUUUUAAGCCAGUAAAAGACACUUAGAAAUCAAACUUUUGGGUAACAUUUCAGUUGCACCAUUACAAGCUGAUUUCCUGCGAGAAUACUGGGAACUCCUGUUGACGUGAGUCUCUGACCUACAGACUGUGUGCCUCUUGUUUCAGAAGAUGUCUUUUUUGUGACUGACCUCAAUUCCUGACUUGUGGAGAUGCAGUGAAUGUGAAAUCCCACAUAUAUGCUAUUUCCCUCUUAUGCUUAACUGACUAUUCUGGAAGAUCUUGAACCCUUUUUCAGGAAAGGGGUGGCCUAUCAUUACUUUAUGGGGCAGCAGCCUGGAAAAGUUCUUGGGGACCAACGAAGGCCAAGUUUGCCUGCCCUGCACUUUAUCAAAGGAGCAGGGAAGAAGGAAUCAUCGCGACAUGGGGGCCCACACUGCAAUGUAUUUGUGGAGCAUGAAGCCCUUCAGAGGCCAGUAGCAUCUGACUUUGAGCCCCAAGGUCUGAGCGAAGCGGCUCGCUGGAACUCCAAGGAAAACCUUCUUGCUGGUCCCAGUGAAAAUGAUCCCAACCUUUUUGUUGCACUGUAUGAUUUUGUGGCCAGUGGGGACAACACCCUCAGCAUAACUAAAGGUGAAAAGCUCCGGGUCUUGGGCUACAAUCACAAUGGUGAAUGGUGUGAAGCUCAAACCAAAAAUGGCCAAGGGUGGGUCCCAAGCAAUUAUAUCACACCAGUCAACAGUCUGGAGAAACAUUCCUGGUACCAUGGGCCUGUGUCACGCAAUGCCGCUGAAUACCUGCUAAGCAGUGGAAUUAACGGCAGCUUCCUGGUGCGGGAGAGUGAGAGCAGUCCUGGCCAGAGGUCCAUCUCCCUGCGGUAUGAGGGGAGGGUGUACCACUACAGGAUCAACACUGCAUCUGAUGGCAAGCUCUAUGUCUCCUCGGAGAGCCGCUUCAACACUUUGGCCGAGUUGGUACAUCACCAUUCAACAGUGGCAGACGGGCUGAUUACUACUCUCCAUUAUCCAGCCCCCAAGCGCAACAAGCCCACUGUUUAUGGUGUGUCCCCCAACUAUGACAAGUGGGAGAUGGAGCGCACAGACAUCACCAUGAAGCACAAGCUGGGAGGAGGCCAGUACGGGGAGGUAUAUGAAGGAGUAUGGAAGAAGUACAGCCUGACGGUGGCAGUGAAGACCCUGAAGGAGGACACCAUGGAGGUGGAGGAGUUCUUGAAAGAAGCUGCAGUUAUGAAAGAGAUCAAACACCCUAAUCUAGUGCAGUUACUUGGCGUCUGUACCCGGGAGCCUCCAUUCUAUAUAAUCACUGAGUUCAUGACCUAUGGGAAUCUGUUGGAUUACCUGCGGGAGUGCAAUCGACAGGAGGUGAAUGCUGUGGUGCUGCUGUACAUGGCCACACAGAUCUCGUCAGCCAUGGAGUACCUGGAAAAGAAAAACUUCAUCCACAGGGAUCUUGCUGCCCGAAACUGCCUGGUAGGGGAAAACCACUUGGUGAAGGUGGCUGAUUUUGGCCUGAGCAGGUUAAUGACAGGGGAUACGUACACAGCCCACGCUGGAGCCAAGUUCCCGAUCAAAUGGACUGCCCCAGAAAGCCUGGCCUACAACAAGUUUUCUAUUAAGUCUGACGUCUGGGCAUUUGGAGUAUUGCUCUGGGAAAUAGCUACCUAUGGCAUGUCACCUUACCCAGGAAUUGACUUGUCCCAGGUGUAUGAGCUGCUGGAGAAAGACUACCGCAUGGAACGCCCGGAAGGCUGCCCGGAGAAAGUCUAUGAACUCAUGCGCGCAUGUUGGCAGUGGAAUCCCUCUGACCGGCCCUCUUUUGCUGAAAUCCACCAAGCCUUUGAAACGAUGUUUCAGGAAUCCAGCAUAUCUGAUGAAGUUGAAAAAGAACUGGGGAAAAAGGGCAUGCGCGGUGUAGCAGGUACUUUGCUGCAGGCCCCAGAGCUGCCCACAAAGACGAGAACGUCCAGGAGAGCCGCAGAGCACAAGGACUCUACUGACGUGCCUGAGAGCCCUCAUUCCAAGGGCCACGGAGACUGUGAGCCUCUGGACCAUGAGCCCACUGUGUCUCCACUGCUCCCUCGAAAAGAGCGAGGCCUGCAGGAUGCUGGCCUCAAUGAAGAUGAGCGCCUUCUUCCCAGAGACAAGAAGACCAACUUGUUCAGCGCCUUAAUCAAGAAGAAGAAAAAAACAGCCCCGACCCCUCCCAAGCGCAGUAGUUCCUUCCGUGAGAUGGACGGCCAGCCAGAGCGCAAGGUGAUCAGUGAGGAAGAGGGCCGAGACGUCAGCAACGGGGCGCCGGCUCUCAUGCCCUCAGAUGCAGCUGAGCCAGGCAAGACCCCAAAGCCCAGCAACGGGUCCAGCGUUCCCAACGGAGCCUUCCGCUCUCCUCACCUGUGGAAAAAGUCCAGCACGCUGACCAGCAAUCGACUAGGGGCCGGUGAGGAGGAGAGUGGCAGCAGCGCCAGCAAGCGCUUCCUGCGCUCCUGCUCUGCUUCCUGCGUCCCCCAUGGGGCCAAGGACACAGAGUGGCGGUCUGUCACGCUGCCUCGGGACUUGCAGUCCACAGGAAGACAGUUUGACUCGUCCACAUUUGGGGGGCACAAAAGUGAAAAGCCCGCUUUACCUCGGAAGCGAGCAAAUGAAAGUAAGCCUGACCAGGUGCCAAGGGGCACGGUGACCCCCCCACCCAGACUGAUGAAGAAGAAUGAGGAAGCAGCCGAUGAGGUCUUCAAAGACCCCACAGAGUCCAGCCCCGGCUCCAGUCCUCCCACUUUGACUCCAAAACUUGUCCGUAGGCAUGUUGUGAUGGCCCCUUCCUCUGGCCUUCCACACAAGGACGAGGCCGGGAAACCCAGUGCCUUAGGGACCCUCAGCACAACUGAGCCAGUGUCCCCCACCAGCAGAGCCGGGCCAGGUGCCUCCGGAGGUGCCAACAAGGCCCCUGCCGAGGAGUCCAGAGUAAGGAGACACAAGCACUCCUCAGAGUCCCCAGGGAGAGACAAGGGAAAGCUGUCCAAGCUCAAACCUGCCCCGCCGCCCCCACCCCCAUCCUCUGCGGGCAAAGCGGGAAAGAGCUCUCAGAGCCCGAGCCAGGAAGCCACUGGGGAGGCAGGAGGCACCAGAGCAAAGGCCCCAGCUCCAGGCAUGGAUGCUGCGAGCGGUGAUGCUGCCAAGCCAAACCAGCUAGGAGAGGGCGUCAAAAAGCCGCUCCUCCCUUCCAUACCAAAGCCACAAGCGUCUGCCAAGUCAUCGGGGACCCCAGCCAGCCCAGCCCCCACUGCCUCGAUGCCGUCAGCACCCUCAUCCAUGGGAGGGGACCAGCAGUCUUCCACUGCCUUCAUCCCUCUCAUCUCCACACGUGUUUCUCUUCGGAAGACCCGUCAGCUUCCAGAGCGGAUUGCCAGCGGCACCAUUACCAAGGGCGUGGUCCUGGACAGCACCAAUGCCCUGUGCCUCGCCAUCUCCAAGAACUCUGAGCAGAUGGCCAGCCACAGCGCGGUGCUGGAAGCCGGCAAGAACCUCUACACGUUCUGCGUGAGCUACGUGGAUUCCAUCCAGCAAAUGAGGAACAAAUUUGCCUUCCGAGAGGCCAUCAACAAACUCGAGAACAACCUGCGGGAGCUUCAGAUCUGCCCAGCAACCGCAGGGGGUGGCCCAGCCGCAACGCAGGACUUUAGCAAACUCCUCAGUUCAGUGAAAGAAAUCAGUGAUAUUGUGCAGAGGUAGCAGAUGUCAGGUGUCAGGCUAGAUGGAGCUGCCUACAGCA